AUGGAAGACGACGACGACGAAUACGGCUCCGAUGAGUUCGACUCCCUGCCAGCGAGGACGUUGUAUGAGCUGGAACAGAAAGCCUUUCAGGCAACCCAGGCACCAGCCUCACAGUACCACGCACAACCGAUAAACAGCAACCCUGUACUGCGCUCCCAACCCAGGCAAUUACUCGGCAAUGUUGGAUCCUUGAGACCGCCGCCUCGGUUACACACCGGAUUGACGAAUGACUAUAAUACACUGGAGGUGGGGGAAUUGGAGGCCGAGGUGUACGAUAAUGCCGAUGGGCAGCAUAUAAUUCCGCAUGGUCACCAUGUGCUCGCCGCAGAUCCUAGUUGGGCUACCGAUGGGCAGCUAGACGAUGCAAUGGAUGUCGACGAGCACUAUGGGCAAGCGGACACUGCUGUGGAGAUUAAUGCACGUCUAGUACAGUUGGAGGAAGAAAGAAACCAAAUGAUACAGGAGUUGGCUGAAGCCAGGAUGCAAGUGGAAACGAAAGCCGGGGAAAUCUCCAUCAUUCGCAAGAAACAGGCCAUGAUGGCACAAGACUAUGACCAACAACUGGCGACUCUACGUGAAACGAUGGCCGAUGAAAUCGAAAAACACCAACAAGAGGUUGAACGAGCCAUGUCCGAAGGCAAGGCCCUGGCGAUGGAAAAUGUGUUUCUUCAACAAGAUCUCGUGGAUGAAUCUUACCAGUCUCGGCACUAUAAAUCAAAGUAUCGCGAAAGGGAACCCCCGGUCACUCCUAGAAAGUCCCGCGUGCUUCCCUUUCGCGAUGGAUUUGACGACGAUGAGAUCGUUAUGGUAUCGCCCAGCAAGUCAGCCGCGCGUUCCAAGCGAGCCACGCCAACAGUUCCUGGAAAGCGCAAACGAGAAUCGAGCCAAGAUGGCUCUGUGCCAUUAGAACUAAAUCCUGCUGGUGCAGAGCUCGUUGAGACCGAUGCUCCGGCCAAAAUCGCUGAGGUGGAGCGCAAAGCUGCAGAGUCCAGUCGAAACCAGCGGUUCAUGAUGCGGCUGUUGAGCCAUCGUACGCAUCUCGACCAAGACUCCGAUUUCGAGGCAAUGGCCAAGCUUGCAUUUCCUUCAGAUCCUCAUCGACAUAUGUCCAGCAUUAUCAUGGAUGAUAUGGCUCGUGUUGGCACAGGUAGUUACAUACUAGAAUAUACGCAAACGAUCGCCUCACUAUGGCAGCGCGCCAUCAACGAGAAGUUCUACGAACCGAUCCCCCGAUUUGAAGCUAUCAUUCGAUGCAGCCUGAUGUCGGAUGACGUCCGACCCUCGGAGCUGAUCGCACCCUUGGUUGCACUCCUACAGGACACAGUCGAAGUGAAUGCGGUUCCUCGCUUCAAAUAUGCCCCAGCAUCACGAGAUAAACGGGUGACUCGACAGACACCACAAUCAGAUCUGCAGCCGUUAAUUGACUCGACUGGGGCCAUGAGUCUACUUUAUCAAAUCGCCUGUGGAGUGUUGCACAUCAAGAGUGCGAUGGAAACAUUCUGGCAAAACAUUCGGAUCUCUUUCAUACUCGUGAUGCUCCACCCGUCACACCCACUAGGUGACAUUGUGCUCUUGAUGAAUCUUCUGUCAACGAGUAUCCGGUCAAACUCCUUUGGGCCAAUUAGAUCAUCCGACCAAGAUCAACUGGACGUUCAAAAAUGGAUUGUGGAUCGUCUCACACACAUGUUGAGCGAGCCUGCAAUACCCGAUGAAGGCGUAGAGCCAUAUACUGCAUAUGACAUUUGCGCUAUGCGACUCGAAGUCCUGCUACUGCUGGAGUCGUUAGCGUUCAACCCUAUUCCCCCAACUCAGAAACAUGCAAGUACAAUUCUUGCGUUGCAUCCAAAUGCACUUGCUCGCUUAUUCAGAUCAAUGCACGACGAGCUGGAUGCACUGUACUCCUCCCCACCCGAGUCAGAACUCCGUGUUGCACUUGUCAAUGGACUCAUGCGGCUUAUUUUCGGGGUUAUGCGGCAACAUGGACAUUUGAUUAACAUGCAGGAGAAAUUGGAGUGUGUCCCCGGUAGCAAACAGAAGCAUCUAGUUGUGUUGACUCGACUGGCAUUUUGCGAUGGAACCGUGCUGGAGGCGGGUAUUGAUGAUGAGACUGUCGAUAUGGCACACGAGCUACUUGAGGAAUGGACCAAUCCUCAAGAAGCAGAGUCAUUAGCAGAGGCGUUUCCAAGUUCUAGGCGAGAGUAA